AUGAUGCACUGUACAGAGAAUAAUAGAUACAUCGUCCAGGUGUAUGUGGGCGCUCUAUCAGCUCUCUAUGAAGCUCUCUCAGUGGAAGCUAGCAAACAGACAACUUCAGAAGAAAUAGUUUCUUGCAUUGUAGAACGGUUGUCACUGAAUGACAAUGCUUCUUAUGAGUUAGCUGAGGUAAUUGGAGAUGAUUUUGGUCAAGAAUGCAAGGAAAGGAGCCUAUCACCUCAUGAGAGUCCUGUCCAACUCAUGAUGCUGUGGCCAAAGACCAGGCCAGACCACACUUCCUAUAGAUUCUACUUGAGAGAGAAAGUGAAUGAUUUAGUUUGGAGGGAUCAGUUUGUUAUGGAUCCUCAGCUAAUCAAAGACUAUUUCCACAGGUUUUUAUAUCAACCUAAAGACAGAGAGUAUCCUGAUUUGUGCCAACUUCCUGAUUUGAAUGAACAAACUCUACUUGAUAACCUGAGAGCUAGGUUUGUAGCAGGACAUAUCUAUACUUAUGUUGGCUCAAUACUUAUUGCUUUGAACCCCUUCAAAUUCUACCCAAUUUACAAUCCCAAGUAUGUUAAGCUGUAUCAGAACAGGAGACUGGGCCCAAAUUUGCCCCCUCACAUUUUUGCAGUUGCUGAUACUGCUUAUCACUGCAUGUUGAAGGACAGGAAGAACCAGUGUAUAGUUAUUAGUGGGGAAAGUGGUUCAGGAAAGACUGAAAGUACAAAUUUUUUGUUGCAUCAUUUGACAGCAUUGAGUCAAAAAGGUUCACAUGGAAGUGGUGUUGAACAAACUAUACUUAGUGCUGGACCUGUCCUGGAAGCAUUUGGUAAUGCUAAAACUGCACAUAAUAACAAUUCAAGUCGCUUCGGCAAAUUCAUCCAAGUCAACUACAAAGAAAAUGGCAUGGUUCACGGAGCUGUCGUUCAAAAGUAUCUUCUGGAAAAAUCUCGCAUAUGCUCCCAGGGGCGCUACGAACGAAACUACCAUGUUUUCUACUAUCUUCUUGAAGGAGCCAACGAACAAGAAAAACAGCAACUGCAUCUCAAGCGAGCCGAUCAGUACUAUUACUUGAACAAAUCCUGCGCCUCACUGGACAAAACCGACGAGAGCUACGAGUUCUCCCGUCUGAAGCAGUCGAUGGAGAUGGUCGGUUUCACGACCGAAAAGCAACGGCGGCUGUUCUCCGUGCUGUCGGCCGUCCUACUGUUGGGCAACAUCGAGUUCCAGCCGAGGAAGUCGGCGUACCAUCACGACGAAUCGGUGGCCGUGAAGAAUCCCGAGGUGGUGGCUCUGAUAUCGGAGUUGUUGAGGGUGAAGCAGGAAACCUUAAUGCAAGCACUUACCGCGAAACGGGCCAAGGCUUCAGGUGAAACUCUUGUUAUCAAUUACCGUUUGCCGGAGGCGAUAGCCAGCCGAGAUGCCAUGGCGAAAUGCCUCUAUGGGGCACUUUUCGAUUGGAUCGUCCUGCAAGUCAAUCAUGCGCUGUUAUCGAAAAAAGACACCAUCAGAGAGCACCAGGGAAAUUCUAUAGGCGUCCUGGAUAUAUUCGGCUUCGAAGAUUUUGGUUUGAACAACAGUUUUGAACAACUCUGUAUCAACUAUGCAAAUGAACAUUUGCAGUACUAUUUCAACCAACAUGUAUUCAAAUAUGAACAGGAGGAGUAUAGGAAAGAGGGUAUCCGGUGGACGAAUAUCGAUUUCAUGGAUAAUACAGGUUGUUUGCAGUUGAUAGAAGGAAAGCCGAAUGGGUUGAUUUUUUUGUUGGAUGACCAGUGCAAUUUCCCGGGCGCUACCAACGAGACGCUCCUCCAAAAGUUCCACAGCGUCCACAAGGAGAAUCGCUUCUACCAGAAGCCGCAGAAGAAGGAGGCCGCCUUCGUGGUGGUCCACUACGCGGGCAAGGUGAAGUACCAGGUGGGGGAGAUGCGCGAGAAGAACCUCGACCUGAUGCGGCAAGAUAUCGUCGGCGUGCUCAAGAACAGCUCGAUGGCGUUCGUGCGUGAGCUGGUCGGCGCUGAUCCGGUGGCGGUGUUCAGGUGGGCCAUUGUGAGGGCGUUCUUCAGGGCAUAUUUUGCAUUCAACGAAGCCGGCAGAAAACACAGACAAGGAAGGGUGGACGGUAACAAGAACAACAUUCAGCAGAGGUACACAAGGAAUCACACUCCCAACGAAAAUCUCAUCAGCAAACAUCGAAACACGAUUUCGUUCAACCGUAUCGGUCGAAACUCGGACAACGAAUCUUCCUCGAACAACAGGCUCUCUUGGCCUAAUCUGUACCAACGAAACAAAAACACCAGCAGCAGCAACAAACACGCUGACGACGAACGACGUAGGAAAGAUUCCCUCGGGAGCCCUAGCGGUUCUGUGGGGCUCGAAAGGUUGGGCCCCGAUGAGGCGAGGGCGCUACAGAGGGCUAAUCAGAUUGUGAUGAAGAACAAAUCAUUUCGUCCCCACGUACGAAGCAAAAAGGGCCUCAAAAAUCUUCAGUCCGUGAAAACUUUGGCUGGAAGGACGGGCAUUACCGCUCAGGCUCAAGGUCAACUAGGGAAGGCGAGGAAGCAGCCCAUGACUGUCACUGCUCAGUUCCAACAGAGCUUGCAUUCACUCAUGGACACUCUCAACCAAGCAAACCCGUUUUUUAUAAGAUGCAUAAAGUCAAAUGCAAACAAAAUCCCCAACACAUUUGACGAGAGCACGGUGCAACGACAACUGCGUUACACCGGCAUGUUAGAGACUGUCCGAAUUCGACAAGCUGGUUUCAAUGUCCGUCUAACCUACGAUGAGUUCAUUCAACUCUAUCGCAUCCUUCUCCCGAAAGGACUUCUCAGUUCACAGGUUGAUGUCAGAGAUUUCUUGUUCACUCUCAACCUCAACCGAGACAAUUACCAAUUGGGGAGCACCAAGGUAUUUAUGAGGGAAAGCGAGAAGUACAAGCUGGACUGCAAGCUGCACCAACAGAUCAUGGCGGGCAUUGUGACGUUGCAGAGGUGGUUCAGGUCGUGUUUGGAAAGGAGGAGGUUCUUGAGGAUCAAAUUCGCCAUCGUGACGAUACAGUCGUUUUGCCGAAUGUAUCUUGUACAGAAAUAUAUGAAGAAAUUGCAAGCUGCGUUGAAAAUUCAGAAAUGUUGGCGGGGGUACAAGUGCAGGAGUUGGUACCAAAAACUGAGGACAGGUCUGGUGAUGUUCCAGGCACAUUGUAAAGGUUUUCAAAUAAGGAAGAUGAUAGCUGAUCACAAAUUGAGAGGUGAUUUACCACCAAGGAAACAACCGAUUGUGAGUGCCCUGCCAGCUCACUUACAAGUGAAACAUGUGAGUUCAGACGAAGCGUUCGUCAGCAAAGAAUCUAGUCUCGAGGAGGUCCGCGCCGAUCCACUGGACCGACGGUUGCAGGAUUCCGAUGAGAGCAGCGGCGUGCCGGAAGACGAUAUCGACACGAGCUGUCACCCGAAAUUAAGGUCGACCGUUUCUCUGCCGGUGGUGUCGAGUCGACAGCCCGCUUACCUAAAUAUCGAAUACAACGAAGACAGUUUCAGGAGGUCCAAUGAUACGAAAUCGGAAAAAUUCACCUUGGAAGUAGUCAGGAAAAGGAGCCCAAAGUCGAAUCGAACUUUCGACUACUCCGAUCUAGAAUAUAUGCCGCAACGUAAGGGCAGUGGAGACUCGUUGAAUUCGCAAAGAAGUUUCGAAUCGCAACAUAGCUCUGAUUCUCAUUCUAGUGUAACGGUAAGAGAAAUCAACAAAUCGGAAGUUCCAUCGCUGGACAAGCAAUGGUCGUCGACGAGCACGACCAGCGAAACGUUCUCGGAGAGCGGCGCCACGAAAUCCGCGCCGCCCAUUAUCGUCCAGGACCGGCCCAUCUGGGACCAGGAGGCCGUCGCCAGGGACUUCCUGGUCAAGCAGCCGUUGUCGAGGACCGGGGCGGUCAACAGUUGGGUGCCUCCCCCCAACAGGAGAGAUGCAAGGUACACGAACGAGGCGCGCAACCUGCGCAGCUACCAGCCGGUGCGCCGCCCCGCGCGCGACAAACCGCCCCCCUUCGACGACCGCCCCGACGACGUCUACCCGUUCGACCAGACGCCCGACAAGCUGGCCGAGAUCCUGGGCAGGCCGGAGGCGCCGGCGCGGAGCGCGAGGAGGUCGCGCAGCCGCGGGCACGUCAAGAGUCUGGGCGAGGAGGUGACCGAUAGCGUGGGCGGGGGUGCGGAGAAGGGCGGCCCGUUGGGCACGAUCGACGAGUCGAAGAUGCACGUGGAUGUGGAGGGGAGUCCAAAAGGUCUAGCGUACAGCCAGAACCUGACCCCGAAACGGCAACGGCAGAACCUGCCCCAACUAGACCUGCGUCGGCGCAACAGCGACCCGGCCACCAAGGCUGUCAUCUCGGACAAUCCUGGCGGUCUGGAUACCAGCACCAGCCCGGCGAUCAAGGGCGGUGACUACAAGUACGACGCCAAUGUGCUGUCGAUCGCCGGGCACGCGUUCAAGAAGAUACCGCGGAUAUCGAAGGACGACUUUUGCAUGUUCUGCAAGAGGGAGCUGGACUCGUUUUAUACGCCCGGGUACAAGUGCGCGAACUGCAAGAAGACUUUCCACACGAAGUGUAUACAGAAUAAGGUAUUCGAGAUGCCUUGCGACCACCAAAGAACCACCGCCGAGGUGCGCUCGGGCCGACGGAAACAUCGCAAGCACUCGCGCACCGCCUACGACCUGCGCAAGCCGGACGAGUCCAAGUUCAAUCUGACGGGCACGUCCGAGUUCACCGACAGGACGGACCAGAUCAUCACGGGCGCCGAGGAGUUGACGCUCAUGCAGCGGUUCAUCACCGAAAAGAUCAUGAAAAUGGAGUCGGAGGGCGGCAAGAACAGUGACGUGGAUAAACUAUUCAAGCAUGCCCUGAGAGAAUUCAAGGAUAACUUGGUGCAGAUUUAUAGCAACGCGACAAAGCACAACAGCUUGGAGUCAUGCAAUAUCAAGUACAAAGAUCUCAUAUUGGUUUUCAUUCAGGCAAUGGAAACCGUAUGCCAGCGCGAACAAAAAGCCGACGAGGCGAAAGACUUCCCCGUCACGAUGGGCGUGAACGCCUUUCGCGGCUUCAUGAACGAAUUCAUGUCGGGCAAGGCCGACGAGAAACCGAACAAAUCGAAGCGGAAAAAAGAGAAGAAGCGCAAAGUGGAGACGCACUGGCACCACGGCCACACCUUCCUGCUCACCAUCAUCAACAUACCGACGGCCUGCGAGAUAUGCAGCAGCUUCUUCAUGUGGCCGAUAGAACGCGGGUUGGUGUGCCAGACCUGCAAGCUGAUGUGCCACAAAAAGUGCUACGGCAACGCCCCGCCAUGCCAGAAGGAGUCUGGUUUGCACGGCGAGACGAAGCGGGUGUUCGGCGUGUCGCUGGUGGUGCUGCUGACGGAAGAGACGAAGAUCCCACCAGUUAUUGAACGGUUGCUGAGCACCAUCGAGCUGUACGGGUUGUACGUCGAGGGUAUCUAUCGGAAGUCGGGAGUGAGCUCGAAAAUCAAGGAGUUGAAGUGUCGGAUGGACGAGAAUCCGGACGACAUCCAGUUCGAGACCUACCAGGUGCACGUCCUCGCCUCCGUCCUCAAGAGCUUCCUGCGCGAGAUGCCCGAACCCCUCCUCACCUUCGAGUGCUACGAGAACUUCAUCACGGCGGCCAAUCUCGCCGUCGAAACGGACCGCGUCGCCACCCUCUACGACAUCCUCAAGAAGCUGCCGCCGCCCAACUACGACCUGAUGGAGCGGCUGAUGUUCCACCUGGCCAGGGUGGCGCUGCACGAGGAGACGAACCGGAUGAGCGCCGCCUCGCUGGCCAUCGUGUUCGCGCCCUGCGUGCUGAGGACGAACAAGUUGGUGCCGGCGCAGGAGAGCCUGAUUGAUAUCAGCAGCCAAACCCAAUGCAUAGAAACCAUCAUCCGCGUCCAGCUAAGGAAGAUCCGCAGCACGCUCGACGACAUCGACACGCUGGACACGGCGUGCCAGGCGGCCACCAACCGCCUCUCCAACCUGCGGAGUUCCAAAGUGUUCACGCCCGACGAGCUGCUGCCUUCCAGCAACCAGCCGUCUCAGCAGCAGGCCACCGACGAUGAGGAGCACAUCCUCGAGGACCACAUCCAGGAGAUCCAGAAGGAGAAGGAGCACCUGACGUCGACGCUGCCCACCCUCACCCAUGCCACCUCCGACGACGACAUGCUGUCGACGGACGGCGACGGCAGCCUCGACGAUCUGUCGUGUCUCGGGGCGGACAAGCGGCUCAGGCCGAUAAUUAGGUCAAUAUCUACUGGCCCCAUGCCGAAGCUGAGGCGCCAGCUGUCAACAGAAGCAAAGUGCAUGGACGAUUGUGACGAUCCGAUCAUGGUGUAA